UUAUAGUAUAAUGAGGUUUAUGUAGAUAAAUAUUUAUAUAACACUUCGAUUCUAAAAAUGGUCUCAAGGAAUUUGCAGUUAUUCUAAAAUUUAAAUAUAUGGAAUUAUUGCCGUAGUAUGCAGGUUCGGAACAGUUGAUCAAUCUUAAAGGGAUCAUGUUCAACUUACUAAGUGAACCAUGGUUCAAACAGAUUCUUGUGGCUAUUGGUCCAAUAGCUAUAACAGGCGUGUUAGGCAUGACAGAAGGUUAUUCAGCAAUUUUAUUACCACAGCUACAAGAGAAAAAUAGCACAAUAAAGAUAAACACUCAACUUUCAUCACUGAUAGCUUCAAUGUCAGCACUCCCAAUGGCUGGAGGAUGCAUUUUAGGAGGAUAUUUCAUGGGGAUAAUAGGGAGAAAAGGAAUCCAUAUCUGGUCUUGUGUACCCCUAGUUCUUGGAUGGCUUCUUAUUGCUUUUGCUCCAAACGUCGUCUUUAUACUGGUCGGUAGAUUCCUGACGGGACUCAGCGAUGGUCUUCUUGGACCUCCCACUGGAGUCUACAUUGCGGAAACGUCCCAUCCCAGCAGCAGAGGUGUUCUCAUCGUGUUAGCUUGCGUGUCCACCACCUCAGGCCUUUUCGCGGUGCACCUGCUUGGAACUUUUUUCACUUGGAGGGUCACAGCUCUCAUAAGUGGUUUAAUCCCUGUACCUCUCGUCAUAUUCAUGUUCUUCAUGCCGGAAUCUCCGACCUACCUGGCUAAGAGAGGCAGACUAGAAGAAGCCACCAAAGCCUUCUAUUGGUGCAGGGGAGAAUCAACACAGUCCCAGAUAGAGUUGAAGGAGUUGAUUGAACGCCAGAAAAAUAUUGAUGAAGCACCCAAGUUAUCUCUGGUGACACAAAUAAGAAACAUUCGAGAUCCUAAGUUCUGGAAACCAACUAUAAUGAUCUCUAUCCUUUUCUUCACGUCUCAAAUAACAGGGAAUAAUGCGAUGGCUAGUUAUUCCAUAAAAAUCAUUCAAGAAUGCGGUUUGAAGGGGGAGGUGUUCGACGAAUAUCUCGCCAUGGUCGUAAUGGAUUCCUUCAGGACUUUAGCCUCUGUCAUAUCCUGUGUACUGGUAUUCAAGUUGACGAGAAGAAACCUCAUGAAAUUAGGUGGAUUCGGGGUAUCGACAUCACUUUUUCUACUGAUUUCUUAUCUGUUCAUUCAAGGAACAACACCUGAUUCCCCAAUGAUUGUUCUAGGGUUGUUGAUGACCUACGUUUUUUUCAUCGCUGUUGGCUUGAUGCCCUUAUCCUGGACCAUGAUGGGGGAGAUUUUCCCUUUGGCUUAUAGAGGAUUAGGCACUGCUAUCACUUCCUUCGUGUGUUACGCCUCUCUGUACUCUGUAGUACAAACAUUUCCAUUUUUGUUUGAGUAUUUCGGGAAUAUGAAAGGAGUUUUGGCAGUGUAUGGCGUUUGUACAUUGUGUGGAACUGUUCUUUUGACUUUAUUUCUUCCAGAAACCAAAGAUAAACCCUUGCAUGAGAUCGAAGAUAGUUUUGUGUCCAAUAAAUGUAAAAAAGAGAUUCAUAUUCAGAAAUGAAAUAAAAAAUACCACAAAUUUUCCACAA